UCAUACUCGCGGGCUCACAAAACAAGAUGGCGGCAAACACAGAUCAGACGUGAAGCGAAAGUCACCCGGAAAUCAGUCCAAAUUCGUUCUUUUUGUCGCAAAUAUCAACAUGAAUCCAUAUGUAGAAUCCUUAAAAGACCCAUCGCAUAGUUAUUACCAACCCUCAUCUGUAAAUCCCGGCGUGUACUCGUACAACAGUAUCUCCGCGAGUGCAAUCCCUGGUUCCGAUGGAGACAGACUUUUGCGAUACGUGCCAAAACGACAGACGAGCGGCGAAGUCACCCUGGACAUAGGGGAAUCGGCAAGUGUGGACACAGAUAGUAGAGCAGAUCAAAAUUUAAGAUUACGGGGGACACACGAUGACAGCGGAAGGAUGCUUUUGAGUGCCAUUAAGCCAUUCCAGAAGAGGUCUUCUGGGAUGAUAAACACUGUCACCAAAGAACUGAAAACAGUCUUGGCUGAAAAACAGGGAUGGAAAAUAUUCUGGCUUCUCCUAGGAAACAUCGCUCUUACAUUUGUCUUGUUUGUAUACAGUGGUUCAACCAACAGCUUAGCAUUGACAGCCUUCAGCUAUUUGACAAUAUUUGAUGUGCUGAGUCUUUUUACGUGUCUUCUUUCCCUGUGGGUCUCACUUCAGAAGCCAACAUCAGCAUUUUCUUUUGGAUAUGAGCGAUAUGAAGUUUUAGCUGUAUUUUCUUCCACUAUUCUUACUAUGUUUGGGGCAUUAUUUAUUUUCAAGGAGAGCAUUGAACGUCUCUUAUUACCAGUGGAAAUUGUGACGGACAGCCUGUUUUUCCUAUCCAUUGCUGGCCUUUUCCUCCACUUGCUUGUCACAUUUGCUGCUGGAAACAAACCGCUUCAACAAGUAUCUAAAGCUGCUGCAUCUAACUGGCUGCAAGAUGCAGUCACUGAUCUUGGACACAGCAUCUGUGGGUUUACGCCAAUGCUUGGCCGUGCACUCAUCCAGAAGUUUAACCCUAUCGCCUUGCUCGGCAUCGCUGGGGCUUUGUCUGUUCUCAUUACAGAUGCAUGUGUUGAUUACAACAAGUCGUUUAUCGCAGACAGCCUGUGCGCCAUGGUGAUGACGUCAAUCAUUUGGGCGACCAUGCUGCCACUGAGUGUGUACAGCGGCCAGGCCCUUCUUCAGACCUGCCCUGUAGAUAUUAUGAGCCAAAUUGACAAGUGCCUACGAGAGGCAUCGACCCUGGAUGGAGUUCUAGAGUUCAGGAAUGAACAUUUCUGGACAGUGUCGUUUGGAAGAAUGGCUGGCUCUCUUCAUGUGCGGAUAAGACGGGAUGCUAAUGAACAGAUGGUCCUGGCCCAUGUUAUCAACAAAUUGUCUCACCUUGUGUCAGACCUAACCAUCCAGGUCUUCAAAGAUGACUGGAUCAGAUCAACAAGUGGCACAAAACUAGCAACUCUCUCCUCCCUCCCACAAACAUUCCACCAAUCACCUAGUCUUCCCAAGAUCAACCAGUCUCCCAGCCCAUACGUCGAAAAUACAGCAAGCGGAUACAUGCCGUAUAGGGCGGGGCACGGCCAGGCACAAGCACCCCUUGACAAGCCACAACAGAACUAUGCCACGUCACCAAACAGUGGAUACAUACCAGCCAGUAAAAGGCACCAUAAGUGACCCAAUGAUAGAUAGCAAGAUUAUCUACAAAGGAGCAUUAUCUCUGAUAUAUUUUCUUAAACACUGUGUAAAAUUGUGGAAGAUUAAAACUAAAUCACAGAAUAAGAUUCUGUGAGUUACAGAUCAUAUACAGA